AUGUCAUCCCAAUCUCCGUCUCAGCCACCUCCCUUCUCCGAUUUCGAGUAUGUAUUUGAUCCUGCUCUCGCAAGUUUAUCCCCUCCUCUACUUCCCAUCCCAUCAUCUGCAGACCUCUUCUCUCCGUCCGAAACAACUGAUCUGCUAGGAUUCUUGGACAACUUUAAUUGGGAUUUCGAAUCAGAUCCCGCUCUCACUGCGCCCUAUCCUGUGCAGCAAAGCGCGCGCGAUCUAGAUAAUUCGGGAGAAAUUAUGUCGCCGAUACUUCCAGAGCGAUCUGAGAUACCAUCAGAUACUUCAAACGCCAGACCUUCAUCUUCAUCAUCCGCAACUUCGUCUUCUCCCUCGAAACAAGAUUCAACAGGCACAAAGCGCAAGAGAGCUUCUGCAGCCCCGUGUCAGACGGGGAGAGCCAAAGUCCUUCUAUCGACCCCUCAGAAAAGACUCAAUCAUAUCAUGUCAGAGCAAAAGCGUCGUAACGCCAUUCGUGAGGGAUACGCCCAGUUGAUCUCCCUUCUCGCCCCAGCUGGUGCACAGGCUAUUGAUAUGCCUACUAGGGGCAGACCAAAGGGCAGCGGUAGCAGGGGGAAGGGUCACAGCAAAGGCAAGAGCGGGGUCCUCUUUCGAACAGUUGAAUAUUGCCGGUGGCUCGAGGAAGGGAGGGAUGCUUUGAUAGAUGAAGUACUUCGUCUGGAAGCAGCCGCAGGCAUUGUCUACCCGUCUCCGUAG